AUGAAUGUAACUAGUGAAAGCUGUUCGGCACAGAUGCCGUACGGAUUCCAGCCCAGUUUUAAAGGGCUUUACAUCGCCAUUGAGCUCAUCAUUGCUGUGUUUGCCAUCAUGGGAAACCUCCUGGUCUGCCUGGCUGUCACCAGAAACAAGGAGCUUCGCACCGUCACCAACUACUUCCUGGUAUCAUUGGCAGUGGCAGACAUCCUCGUGGGCUUGGUGGCCAUUCCCUGCGCCGUGCUCACAGACCUGGGUCGACCUCACCAUAACCUUCCACUCUGCCUGAUGAUGCUCAGCAUCCUGAUGGUGCUCACACAGAGUUCUGUCCUGAGCCUGCUGGCGGUAGCAGUGGAGCGCUAUGUGGCGAUCCUCCUGCCCUUCCAGUACCAGCGUGUCAUGAGCCCCAGGAACGCCUGGCUGGCCCUGCUGGUCACCUGGGGCCUGGGAAUCAUCACUGGAUCUGUGCCACUCAUCGACUGGAAAAGACAACCAGUAAACUCAGACUUCUGCAUCUUCACCUGUGUGGUGGACAUGAGCUACAUGGUCUACUUCAACUUCUUCUGCUGCCUGCUGGUGCCGCUGGUGGCCAUGUUCAUCAUCUACGGCCACAUCUUCCUCACCAUUCGCCGCCAGCUCAGGCGCAUCGCCGUGGCCAGGGCUGCCGCAAGGGACAGGCCAGCUGCUGGUAGUGGGAGCUCUGGGACUGGGACAGAGGACAGUGGAGGUUCAUCUGCUCGGGGAAGCAAAGGAGGUGGAGCAGACAAAGGGGCAGGAAGAGGAACCGGCCAACAAUCCAAGGAAAUGAACAGUAGAUGUAAGACUGAAGGAAGGGUUUUAAAUAGAGCUGAGGAGUCUAGCUUUGGGUCUCUUAUUGAAACGAACACUACCACUGUCUUUCAGUCAGGGUUAAGCAUGGCCUCAGCUUCUUCUACCAGCUCUGCUCCUUCUGACCCUCGUCCAGGAGAGUCCAACCUGGCCAGAUCCAACGCACGCACCCGCCACGAACUGCGGAAGGCCAUCUCCUUGUUCUUGGUCCUGUUCCUCUUCAUGGUGUGUUGGAUGCCCAUCCACCUCAUCAACUGUGUCCUGCUGUUCUUUCCACACUGUAAGGUGCCCAUGACCAUCACACUCGCAACCAUUUUGCUUUCGCACGCCAACUCGGCCCUCAAUCCAAUCCUAUAUGCGUACAAGAUGAGGUCGUUCCGACGCACUCUGAUAGGCAUGUGGAGAGGAAUGUGGAGAUUUGGUCCGAAAAGGUAG